GACGGUUUGGACAAAUAUUUGGUCGGCUUAUUAAAGAUUAUACUAUACUAUUACAGAACCUUCGACUUCGUUUUGUCGAUCUGAAUUCUCCGAUUUUCCACCAUUUCCUCCUCCAUCGGUGGAAAAAAACUCAAAUCGGAGAGAUUCACCGCCGCGUUCAAUUCCAAAUAACACUCUCGAUCUCAUCUCCUCCUCCUUCCUGAUCGCACAUUAACAAACAACAGAUCAUCAAAACCAUAAUCGGAGAAUAGAAGAUGGUGGAGAGAACGAUGAGUUUAGGGGUCGGAAUCAACGGAGAAUCCUCCGGCGUUAGAGAAACCAUGUGGGCACAACAAGAGCUUCUCCAAAAAAUCAACCAAGAACUCGACGCUGAACGUGAAGCCUCCUCCUCCGCUGCUUCCGAGGCCUUGUCGAUGAUUCUUCGUCUUCAAGGAGAGAAAGCAGCGUUGGAAAUGGAGGCUAGUCAGUACAAAAGAAUGGCUGAGGAGAAGAUGUGCCACGCCGAGACUUCUUUGGUUCUCUUUGAAGAUCUGAUUUACCAGAAGGAAAUGGAGAUCGCUUCUCUCGAGUUUCAGGUUCAGGCUUACCGUUGUAAACUCCUUAGCCUUGGAUGCUCUGAUCCCGCCGUGGUUGAGAACAGGUUCCCGGAGAAUCUCGUCUUCUUUGGGGAUACCUCUCGUGUUAACCAGAAGAGGAAGAUGAAACGAAACUUAUCGAACCCGUUCGAUGGCAUGACAAGUGAGAGAAGCCUACUCUUGUCUGAUAACGAAGGCUUUGAGGAGAAGAGAGAUGCUGAGGAUUCUUUAUCUCCACGUGAAGACUUGAGUACUUAUUGGGAACAGAUCAGGAGAAUAGACGAUCAUGUCCGAGAGAUUUCGGAGUCAAGAGAUGUUCCAAAGGAAUCUAAAUGGCCUUUGAUCAAGCGUGAGUCUGUAUCACAUGCGUUGGUGUCACAGGUGAGCAAUACUAUCCUCGAGUCAGCAAAGAGUGAUGUCAAUACUAUCAUGGAGAUGAUGAAGAACCCUGAUAAAGUCUCUUCCAAAGAUGACUCUCCGAUUCGGUCUCCGAAUGUUCAAGACAUCUUUGAGGUUCCGAGGACGAAAGAGAGUCUUUUUAUCAUCUCGGAAGAAGAGGAACAUGAAGAAAGAAAUGGCAGAGGCAAGAUUGUGAGUAAGCCACCGAGAGAUAUGAGCAUCAAGGCAGAACAUAUGAGUUUGCUAAAGGAGAUUCGAGAACAGCUCAAUGGAAUGCAGUCAGAGAUGAGAAGCUUAAGAUCAGAACUGCAUCUAACUCCACCUGUGUCCUCCCAUCGCUUGGAGGAUCCAGCCCUUAACUCAAUUCAAGAGGUAAUCACUCUUCUUUAUAAUUGGUGAGAGAUUGCUUCAAAAUAACAUUUGGUUUUGUUUUUUGGAAACAGGCCAUGAUUCACUUCUGGCUUUAGAAGAGUCUACAAUGCGUGGCGGCGUGGUUCUAGUUUCUCAUCUUAAGUUACUUAACCAUCCAUUAGUAAUGGAGGUGAUGUAAAAAGAAACUGAUGCACAUAAUCAGUUUGUAUGUAAAAACCAUUGUCAUUGUUGCGAUAAGAAAAAAAUUAUUACAUUAUAAGAAGAAAUUUAUUAAAGUUGCACCACACUCAUGAUGGUUAAAUUUUAAUGGUUCAUUCAAUUAAGAGGAGCUGAUGCAGAAAAUGCAGGAAGGGUUAGCAGAACGGUUAUCAAUAUCAAGAGUGGCGCCCUUUAAACACUUGAAGUGGUAGACAUGACCACAAGCCAACACACACGCCUCUUGUAAGGUGCGCAAAGAAGCAUUAGGACGUUCCGGAUCAGUUGCUAGAUCUCUUUGGCAUAAGUCGCAUGAGUGUCCAACUUUCUCAACAGUAAACACCUUGUCAAGCUCUGCAAAAAAGAGUUCAAAAUUACUACACUAAAAAAUUAUAUAAGCUCAAGUAUUGGCUCAGGAGGAUAAGGUUAUACCAUCUUUUAUAUGCGACGUCGAUUUACUCGGAUUAGCCCAAUUCGGAUCCUGAGUAGGGGCCGUCUUGAUGAGAUGACGUUGUAUUUCUCUAGAGAGGUUUUGAAGAUCAGCUGACUUGGAAGCAGAUGAUCCAGAAGUGGCGUUCUCAAUGUUCUGUUGAAGCUGAGAGAGCAUCUCUCUACUCAUCAUCAGAUCUUCUACACGGACUUUUUCUUUUUUCGAAUCCAUGUUAAGUACAAACUCCCUGACAGGAAGACAAAACUUGUGUAUUAAUCUAAGACAAAGAGAAG